AUGGCUUCGGAAGGAGGAGAAAAGCUGAAGAGCGAGGAAGAUGCCACUCUAGCACAACUCGAAAGCGCAGAAACAGAACUCGAGCUAUUCAAGUUAUCUGGGGACAUAGACCAUGUCCUGCUGGACGCCAGUCUCGAUGAAUACCAGCAGUAUCUCGACCAACUCGACGCCGCCAGCGCUCACCUCGAUACCCUCGUCUCCUCCACCGCCGCAACACUCGACGAACUUUCUUCCAUCUCCGCAUCCUUCAAGUCUGUCAGCGCUCAAACAAAGUCCUUUCAGGCCCAGUCGGCCUCUAUCCUAGAAGAGCAGCACAAGAGCGAAGUCGUCGCGCAACAGAUCGCCGAGAAUCUGCGGUACUAUGAGCCGCUCGAACGAAUUACCCGUCGACUCAAUGCGCCGCACGCAGGUAGUUUCGUCGGCACCAAGGACUUUUCUGACAUGCUGGUGACCCUGGACGAAUGCAUAGACUACAUGCAGACACACCCAUCCCACAAGGAAGCGGAAACAUAUAGGUCCCGGUACAGGCUCUUGCUUACUCGAGCAUUGACGCUGGUGCGCAAUACAUUUUUGACGGCGGUGCGGGAGAUCACAACUGAAGUUGCCGGUCGCAUUGCAGCAAAGCAGCUCAACGAUACAACCAUGUUCGCACUUCUCUAUGCAAAAUUCCGGGUGGGGGCGGCCGAAAUGAAGGAGGUCGGUUUGGAGAUUCAGAAGCGUGCCAACCCACCAGCGGACGCAGAGCCAGGGAUAGAAGGGGAAUACCAAAGCCUAAUGAACGAGUUGCACUCCAGCUUUGCCGCCUGUCGAGGGAGACUGAUCCUGCCCAUCGUGCAGAAGCGCCUUGCGGAGACGGCUCAGCUGCCCAGUUCCAAGGACUUGGUACAAUUCGCAAGGGCCAGUAUCGGCUACAUUCGGGGUAUAUGUCUUGACGAGUUCGAGCUGUGGUCGGAGUGGUUCCAUGGCUAUCGAGGACUUUACGACUUCCUCGAGUCCAUUUGCGAACCACUGUACGACCACCUUCGGCCUCGGAUCAUUCAUGAGAACAAGCUCUCUAAGCUUUGCUCUCUCGUCACAUUGCUCCAGACACGCUAUCUUCACGAUGAGGAAGAAGACGGCCCUACAGACCUGAAUCAACUCGACUUCUCUGCGCUCAUCCAACCGGCACUGGAAGACGCACAAACUCGCCUUGUCUUCCGCGCGCUCGCGAUUCUCCGCGAAGAAAUCGAAAUGUUCAGACCCAAGCCCGAAGACCUGGACUAUCCCCGACUCACCUCCGCUCCGCCCAUGUCGGCCACCGCUCCGCUUUCGGGACGCCGCUCCUCCCGCGACGCUUUGACACCCCUGCCCAAAACCCCCACCACCAACGAUCUCGACGAUGAUUCUGGCGAAGAAAGUUCCUUCACAUGGACACUGGCCUCGUCGCGCCGGUCCGCUCUCAAACACUGCUAUCCCACCCUCUCAAGAUCCCUUCGCCUCCUAUCUCGCAUCUACCGCCUGGUUAACUCGUCAGUGUUUGACGACUUGGCGCACCAAAUUGUGCACCAGACCACCCUAUCUCUCGUGACCGCGUCUCAGCAAAUAUCCGCAAAAUCCUCGCCAGUCGAUGGACGACUUUUCCUCCUCAAACACCUGCUCCUUUUGAAAUCCCAGAUAGUGGCGUUCGACAUCGAAUACGUCACCCCGGACGUGAGCUUUGACUUUUCAGGCGUAGCAUCCACAUUCUGGGAGAUCCGCGAACGAGGUGGCCUCUUCAACCCCGCAAGUUGGAUGAAACUGUUCAGCUCUGGCGGACUGUUGCCUCGAGUGGUGGAAAACAUGCUGGACGCAAAAGUCGAACUUGACGGCCAGUUGAGGACAGCGAUCAACGAGUUCACGGCAGGGUUCGCAGCGGAUAUGUGCAAAGAUCUUCCCAAGGAUUUGGAAAAGACGGGUGGGCCCAGAAAAGGUGGUGACCGGGAGAGCAUAUUGGCCGAAGCGGUGGAGAAGACUCGAAUAAGGAUUGAGAAGGAGAUUCCCAUUCUGAGAGCUAAAUUGGAACAGUAUCUGGAUGACCAUCGCACGAGAGAAACCUUGGUCGCCGCGGUGGAGGACCAGGUCGUGCAGAUCUACGAGGCUUUCUUCGACGCAUACACCUCCCAACAAUCCGCUGGGAAAGCUGGCACGCGGAACGGGAAGGUCAAUGGCGCAGCAGCGGCGACGGUGACCACGCCCAUCUCACGCAAAGGAAAGAGCCCAGAGAAUGCAGUGUGGGAUCUCGACACAUUUGCUGAAUGGGCCGAAGGGCUGUUUAAUGUCGCGUUGCCCAAUGUCGAAGACGAGGAUGAGGAUGGGGAUGGGGACGGCAGUCAUCUCGCUUCGAGGAGUUUUUCGAGGAGUGGCAGUCUUUAG